AUGGGGGAUCCGCAAGUUGGUGGCAACAUCGCAGAAGGACGCUGUUUCGCAUACACACCUAUGGCUGAUGCACGAAACCAGAUUCGUCUCUUACAAAUACAUCAUACCAAACGUGACGAACUUAUUCAUUGUAGUUUGUCAAUUUGGUCACUCAGCAAUCUUCCUCCAUAUCACGCCAUCUCGUACACAUGGGGGGAUCCUUCGCAAACCACAUACAUCUCUAUCAACAACCAACCGCUCAAAGUCAGAAAAAGCUGCGAGUAUGUUUUACGCCAAGCUCGAUGGUAUGAGAAAUACUUGCAAAACAUGAGUUUGCCGUGGCGCCAUCGCUAUUACUGGAUAGAUGCCAUAUGUAUCAAUCAGGUAGACGACGAGGAGAAGAGCCACCAGGUACAAAUGAUGGGAAAGAUCUAUCGCUUAGCUUCCUGUGUGUUAUCCUGCAUCGGACCACAUGCAGAUGAUAGCAUAUUCCUCUUACACGGGGUUGGGUAA